AUGAAGAAGCCAGAACAAGUUGCCAUUAGGCAUGUAAUCAUAAACCAGCAACUUCUCAUCCCUGGCGAAAUAAUAGGCCUUCAAUCCCACCAGAUUCGGGUGCCUAAGCCUCCCCAUAAACUCCAUUUUCUGUUCAAACUCCUUUCUCCCAUUCACAGUCAUAUCCUUCAACCUUUUCACGGCCACCACACUACCAUCAUCCAAGACAGCCUUAUACACAGUCCCAUAUCCGCCUUUUCCCAGCAUCUCAGCCGACGCCCUCAGCAAAUCCUCCAGCUCGAACCUCUUCUCCCCAUUGAAAAAGACCAUUUUACCCUUCUCGUACCCGGAAUGAGCGGGGUUGGGAUAAGCAGGGACAAUAACCCCAAAAACCCAACAUCACCCAGUAUUAUGCCGAUUAUGGCGGGCCAGCUGAUUUUGCUCCGGCCAGCAGCUGUCCGCUUACUCAGAGGCUUCAUCUCGGACGGAAUUGCAGUUGGGGAAGAGGCAACAGUUGUUUUCGGGCUGACAGGAGAUGCCAUGGCCCCGCUUGGCCUGGUCGGGUCGCUGGAGACCACCUUGCAUUUUUCCAGAGGAGACCCGCACAGAACUCGGUUGCCCAGAAAUGACUCCACCGGGAAGCUCGAAAGAGGAAUCGGUAUUUCCCCACCGAGGUUGUUACCGGAGACGUUGAAAUCCUGCAGAGUAAGCGAGGUCAGGCCCGAAAUCGAACCCGAGAACCCGUUUUCCUCCAACCUCAACAUGAGUCAAUCGGUUCACGCUCAACGGUAUUCUCCCGGAGAAGUUGUUGUGCGACAAAUCGAGGCGGUAAAGUCUCGGAAUCGAAGACAACGAGACGGGGAAGCCGCCGGAAAAACGGUUAUGUGA